UUCAGGGAAGUUGGACAACCGGACUUUGCCCAAUUUCCUCCUGGACUUUGACGAGGGCAUGCUGGAGGACUGGCGCUCCCUGGCCAGUGGCGACGAGAGGCGCGGCGGGAGGUCCAGCGUAAAGGCGCUGCUGGUGGCCGCCUACUCGGUCAUCAUCGUCAUCUCCCUGUUCGGAAACACUCUGGUGUGUCACGUGAUUGUGAAAAACAAGCGUACCCGGUCGGCGACCACCGUGUUCAUCUUGAAUCUGGCCGUGGCCGAUGUGUUCAUCACUGUGCUCAACACACCCUUCACCCUGGUACGCUUUGUGAACAGCACCUGGGUGUUUGGGAGGACCAUGUGUCAUAUUAGUCGCUUUGUGCAGUACUGCUCCCUGCAUGUGUCCACGCUCACGCUCACUGCCAUCGCGGUGGACCGACGCCAGGUGAUUUUACAUCCUUUACGACCCCGCAUGACCUCGACUCAAGGCAGCUUUUGGGUUGCUGUAAUCUGGAUCAUGGCCAGCUGCUUCUCCCUCCCACACGCCAUCUACCAAAAACUGUUCACGUUUACUUUCAGCCAGGAGAGGGAACGCAGCCUGUGCGUCCCAGACUUCCCCGAGCCAUCAGACAUCUACUGGAUGUACAUCGACCUAUUUACCUUCAUACUCCUGUACAUGCUGCCUCUGGUCAUAAUCACAGUCUCUUACACCACGGUGGCCCGCCGUCUGUGGUACCACAACGCCAUUGGCGAUGCAACCACAACUCAGCACGCCACCCAGAAGAGGAAGCGACACCGCACGGUAGCCAUGUUGCUCAUUGUGGUGGUCGUGUUCGCCGUCUGCUGGUUUCCGCUCAACUUCUAUGUAGUGCUGCUGUCCAGCCAGGCCAUCCACUCAUCCAACGUCCUCUACUUCUGCUUCCACUGGCUGGCGAUGAGCUCCACUUGCUACAACCCCUUCAUCUACUGCUGUCUCAACCCCACCUUCCGCCAGGAGCUCCGCCUCCUCCUCAGCAUAUUCAGGAGGAGCCAGAGAGCUGAGGUGGAGAUGCAGAUGCAGCACCAGCCCGUGGCGGUUUGCGCCCCAUGUCACAGGAAUGCCUGGCCCGACAAUGACGAGUUGUCGGGGCAGAGGCAAGUUUUGCCACAGCCAAGCCACGACUCCUCACAGGUGCCAACAGGUAGAACUGACAUCCUGUCCAUGGAGCCCAUUGUGGUUGUCAGUGGAAUACAUUAGAUACUUCGGUAAUUAAUCCACCAUCCAUUUUCUAGAUGGGAGCAGCCGGAUUAGGUAGCGAUACCAAGACUGUCUUGUCUCCUGCCACCCUUUCUAGCUCCGCCGAGGGACACAGGGGUCCCUCCAUCAUGUCCCAGGUUUACCCCAGGGUUUUUUCUAACACCUGCUGCCGGUGACAUCACAGUGAGCCAAGCUCCCAUAUAUGGGCGUUCCCAGGUACAAGCUUUACAAGCUGUUAGCUGCACAAGCUGAGCGCGACCAAUCACAAUGUAGUGGGCAUUAGUGAAAUAAAUUCAAACAGACCGUUAUGGAAAUCCAAUGAAAUCCAGCUGGAAUAGGUGCAGAUUCUGGAAGAUCUAUAAAGCUUUCUGUGUGGGUUAUUGUGUGUAGCUGUUCUAGAAGAGUCCACAAUUCAAUCAAAUAGCCAGAAAUUAGCAUGAUAGGUCCCCUUUAAGAAAAUGCAUUCAAAUUGUGAUGCAGUAUUCUACACUGGUCACUAGGUGUCAGCAGGUAAAACGUAUAAGCAAGACUUGGUAGCUGGUUUGAAUAUUUUCACAACAGUCACAAUAAUAACAUCAUCCAUCCAUUUUAUAUACUAAUUAUCGU